AUGAAUAUACCAUAUGAACAACCUCAUUUACUAUUUCCCUUGGCAGCUUAUUUCCAAUCUCAGUAUGAAUUCAUAGAUCAAUUCAUUCCAGAGUUAGCUAGUAGCGAGAGAAAAUUGGUUCAUCUCACUAACUUUAAACAAUUCGAGGACUUAAUAUACCAUUUAGAAUCCACAUUCCUCGUUAAGGAUGAAAUUGAUAAUGGUGAAAAUAUAGAAACAUAUCUUAAAAUCCCAUCUAUUGACAUAUUUCGAGUUUUGAUAACCCUUGCAUCUAGGUGCCUGUCAACGUAUUUUACUCAUGGAUCCCCAUCCAUAGAUGGUUUGAUUGCAAAUAACGAAUACACUAAAAAUUUGAAUGAAGAAUAUGAAAAGUGUAUAUACAAACCUCCUUUAAGGGAUAGAUGUAUAAUGAUCAUGAGACGGUAUAUGGAUAUACUUAUAACUUCAACCUCUCCCACUACGGUUGAAUUGGUUUAUAAGCUAUUUUUGGACACCUUCAAGGAAUUUAUAAUUCAACCAGAGUUUUUUCAUAUCAAGGGGACACUUCCUAAGGACAGAUAUUUAAGAUCCAAAAGGAAAAUAGCUCUACGUCAAGAAACAAAUGUAGAGGAGAGCCACGAGGUAAUAAGUGAUUCUGAAGAAGAACCACCUUCAUUAGUAAAUGAUAUUGCGAGUGAAGUUAAGAAAUUCCAACCCUAUAACAUGUCACCCUUGAAAAGGAAUACUGGUAUUUUUUCUGGUGAUAAUUAUAAGAUGUCAGGCUUAAAUGACUCAUCCGUUUUGUUUCAGACCAUGCCUCACUUAGAUAGUGAAUCAGAUCUAGCUUCCAGCUCAGAAGGUGAGUUGUCAUCAAAAAGACGCAAAGGCAGUUCAAAUAGGUAUAGCAAGAAUUCUAUAUUGAAUAAUGUUCGUGUGUUUGGAGACUAUUUAAUUUCUAGGCAAUUAAACCCAAUGAUCAAUUCGCCAUACAACUUGUGGAAAUUGAUACAAUGGACAUUUCACUGUGCAGAUUUUUCGACUAUGUAUCAAAAGAAGUUACUAGGUUCAAAUUGUACUAACUCCCACCUUAUUUUUGAGACAUAUUCUAAACUUCUCAGGUUAAUAUUUGAUUUCCUUCAAUUUAAUCUUAUCUACCACUUAAUUAAGGAUCAGAAAUCAAAUCAAUUUUUGAAUAUUGAAAGAAAGGAUGCAAAUGAGUAUAUGGAUCCUGUUUUCACUUUCUCUCAGCUAGACAGUACUUCCAGGAAAGAGAUAAUAGGGAUAAUAGAAAAUGACAGAAGUAUCCUUCUUCUGAAUCUUAUGAUGCAAUUGGGUCCAUCUCAAGUGGACUGGUAUGAUAGAGUAAUAGAAUAUGUAUUCACUGGAUUGAAUAAAGAUAAGCCCAAUUCUGAAAGUAGCUAUCAACCACAACCUUGUUACGAACGAGAAAAGAUAUUAACCAGACAUGACAAUACUCUUAAAAAAGAGAUAGAUAGGAACUAUGCUCUUCAGUAUGAUGAUAAUAUCGAUUCAAUGAAGCUUCGUUACGGAAUAAUAAUAAUAAUAUAUUACAGAUCACUAUUUUUUGCUACCGAAAGUCUCAUAGAUGAUUCACAAGCCCUAGAUGAUUCCCCAACUUCACCAUUAUCUCCUAAACUUUUCUUGCAACAGCUUAGUUGCAAACUAAUAACUCUUGAUUAUCUCUAUCUAAGGCAGUUUUAUCUUGCAUACUAUAUGGAGACGACAGAAAAUAAGUUCAUUACUAGAAUCUACCAAUAUCAAAUGAUGCAUGAAUUAACAAAGAUGAUGUUAAUAUCUUUUACAGGUUUUCCGGAAAUCGAGAAUUAUUUAUCUACAAAUGAAAUAAUACACUCUAAUAGUAAUUCUGCAAAGAAUUUGAUGGAUUUAAUUGUUGACCAAAGACUCUAUCAAGCUCUAGUUGAAGAUGAAACUUAUUCUGGAUGGCAAGACUUUGAGCUGGCUUGGUCUAAAUUGAAUUAUUUACUAGGAUGGCUCCUUGAAUCUUCACUAGCUGAGUUGCAGAAUAAUUUAAGGGAAUCGAGUGAAGAUAUUGAAUUGGUGAAUUUUAUAUUCAAAAGAGUGGAAAAAGCAGAUCGCAUAAAAAUUAAGUGGUACAAUAGAUUUAUCUUGAAUCACUGCAAAGAUAACAACAAGUCCAAUAAUAAUCACGUAGAAUAUCAUUUCUAUCUAUCGGAUGACGAAGCUCUUAACCACCUCGUUAAUGAUAAAUCUGAAACUAUUUGGGUCAGAUUCAAGCACGUAGUCCUAUUGAAAUUUUCCAAAUAUAUUAAUGAACAAUUUACAUGA